AUGAGCAUCAAGGAGACCAUCAUCGAGCGAUACCCGUCCAGGGAACAGUUGGUGCAGAACGGCAUAUGGAGGAGCGAGCUGUAUAGAAAUAGAGCAUCCAUGGCAGGCUGCGACAGGAGCUGGCUGUGGAGAACGUUGGUGCUGACUCCGCAUAUGGAGAUGGAUGUGUCGCCAUUUGAGGGAGAUCUGCUGCCGGUUCCACUGAUAACGACGAAACGGGAAGAGGAGGAGCAGGAGGGGGACCAACAGGUGAAACCCACAUCCCAUGAACGUUCCAUUAGUGAGUAUAGGAAGAAAAUGCAACAUAAUAUCAAGAUGGGUAUUAGGAGAUUGACUCCCAGGGAAGUUGUCCAUGAUCCGCUACAGGAUAGCAAGGGUGCCCAUGUACCGACUAUUGAAAACGAUGAAUUGUCCCUUGACGAGGCUCUAGAGAUUAUUGAUUUGGAUUUAUCCAGAUUGAUGUUAGAUGAUAUGUUUCGUGAUCCUGCUGUAUUGGCACAAUUGCGACAAUUACUGUACAAUUAUUUGAUUAUUUCGAAGCAGCGACAAUCCUCACAUUCUUUCAUUAAGGAUCCAAUGGAGGAAAAUGGUGACAGCGGCGAGCCCACCACUUUCCGAUAUAAGCAAGGUUAUCAUGAAAUACUGGGUCUUAUUUAUUUACAAUUGUCACCUGAAAACGGAACUACCAUUUUGGAUUCUGAAAUGAUGCGUAACGUUCUUAAUAUCUAUAUCAAAUUGAUGGAUCAAGUGGCACCAGUCUUUUACGACGAACAAGCGUUGAUAAAUUGGGAUGAGACUCAAUUCUCGUUAAUUUUAAAGAAUGCGUCACCCAUACUAUACGAUGUAAUGUAUGAGAAUGGUAACUCACAUAAUAAUUUAAUUUGGUUACUUAGAUGGACAAAGGUUCUAUUUCUCAGAGAACUUCCGAGAGAUCAAGUCUUGAUAAUCUGGGACCAUUUAUUGACGUUUACCUAUCCAAUUGCGAAUUAUGUUGCAUGCCUGAUCGUGACUUUGUUACUGAGCAUAUACGAUCAAUUGUUGGAAUUGAACAAGCACGAUUCCGAUCACGACGAUAUUAUUGAAAUGAUGCUGCAUUUUAAAGAGAACAAGGUAAUCCCCUCCAUAGAUAUGGUGGAAUUAUGUAAGUUGGCUGGGAAUAUAUGCGAAUUAUGGUAUAGUCGGCAAUUCCAUGAUAUAAAAUCCAUCUGUGAUUCAUUUAUAAAAUUGAAAACUGGAAUUGACACUUCAAAUACAAUUGAUCCUAACAGACAAAGACUGGAAAACAAAUUGAGGCAAAAUGUCAUGAAAUCAUUGUCUAAAGGGAAAUGA